UGCUCGCGCCAGACCCGACGGCGCCUGCGCGCUGCCAGGCUUGCCGGCUGGGACGGGGCGGGGCCGGUGAAGUUCUGUGCCUCACCGUCCCCGGACAGUGCGGGACACCGGGCAGGCGGCUGGCAGUAUGAAGAUCUGGACUUCGGAGCACGUCUUUGACCACCCAUGGGAAACGGUUACUACAGCUGCAAUGCAGAAAUACCCAAACCCCAUGAACCCGAGUGUGGUUGGUGUUGAUGUGCUGGACAGACAUGUCGAUCACUCUGGAAAGCUGCACAGCCACAGACUGCUCAGCACAGAGUGGGGCCUGCCUUCCAUCGUGAAGUCUCUUAUUGGUGCAGCAAGAACGAAAACAUAUGUGCAAGAGCAUUCUGUAGUCGACCCAGUAAAAAGGACAAUGGAGCUCAAGUCCACUAACAUCUCAUUUACAAAUUUGGUCUCAGUAGACGAGAGGCUCACAUACAAGCCACAUCCCCAGGACCCAGAGAAAACUGUGCUGACACAGGAGGCCAUCAUCACUGUAAAAGGGGUCAGCCUCAGCAGCUACCUUGAAGGACUCAUGGCAAGCACCAUAUCUUCCAAUGCUAACAAAGGCCGAGAAGCAAUGGAAUGGGUGAUACAUAAACUGAACGCUGAGAUUGAAGAGUUGACAGCAUCAGCAAGAGGAAGCAUAAGGACACCAAUGGCAGCGGCGGCGGCAUUAGUAGAAAAAUGACAAUGGAAAUUGGUGUGCAGCAACAGGGCCCCCAGGACUCUUCAAGCUGACAUCAUAUUUAUUUGAUAUUUAAAAGAUACAACUAUUUUAAGUAGAUUUUAUUUUUUUUUUUAAAUGAGCUGGGGGGAAAGCUAUGACUUUUGCUCAAAACAAAAGAUUCAGAGCUUCUAAAUCAAAGGGAUCAUCUGAGGUUGAAGGGCUUACGAAGACUGACCGGGAAAGUCUUGUGUUUAUUCAAACAAUUAACGGGCUUGUUUGUUGCUGUUUCCUAAGUACUUAGAAGAAAUUGGUGUUGAUCUGGAGUCUUAGGUAGAAUCUUAAAGCUCCAGAUACUGGAACACUACCUGGCUGUGGACCAACCAGAACAGAGCCCAGCCGCCCUCACAUCCACACAGUUUCCUGCUGCUGUAAAACAGAACUGCCUGUGUGAGGAGCUCAUUUUUCAAAGAGAAAUUGUAUAAUUUCAAAUGACAUUAAUUUGUAUAAAAUAACCUGCCUGCUGGAAACCAGUGCUUGGAUUUGUUACUUGAAUGAUAUUUUUGGAGUGAAAAUUAGCACUAAGGUAAUAUAUGGCUCCAGCAAAAAUAGCAUUUUAUUGUAUUAACGGUACUGUAUUGAUUGGCCAAAUUUUGUGAGUUAGUAAAGGCAUUCCCUUCCUUGAAUUUGUACUUUGUGAUUUUGCAUGCUGUACUGUGGGCUGGUUGUGUUAACUGAAAAAAUAAAGUCGUUACGUGAGUGUCACAUCACUCCUAAACAGCA